AUACAUUCACCUGAAUUCGAUAAUGCUGGGCACUGGGUUCUUUCUAGUCUGAGGGAGAAGACAGUCUGAAGGGAGAGCUGCUUUACCAACAAACGGUGCAUCACUGCUUAUGUUUGGAGCUUUUUGUUGUUUCUUCUUUAACAGUGUUCAGAGGUAUUUCAGCACAAUGAUGGGGGCAAAUCCAGCCCUGAUGUUCAUCCUGCUGUUUUCAGCGGCUCUGACCUUCAGCUGUGAUGGUGGCAAAAUCUUAGUCUACCCCAUAGAUGGUAGCCACUGGCUCAACAUGAAAAUCCUAGUGGAGGCACUUCAUUCACGGGGCCAUGAAAUCACAGUAAUCCGUUCCUCCACCAGCUGGUACGUUGCUGAAUCUUCACCCUAUUACAGGUCUAUCACCAUCCCCCAGGAACAGACUCAAAACAUAGAGAGCCAAAGCCACAUGUCCUCCUUCCUGCAGAGAUCAUUAGACAUCCGUCGGAGAGGGGGAACAUUUUGGGCAUUGUUGGAAUUCUAUAAGAAUCUUUUUGACUUACUUGGGGAAAACCAUUUAGGUACUGCCCAAGUGGCUGUCAGCAUCUUUGAGAAUAAGACGCUAAUCAAGGAGCUAAAGGAAACUGGAUAUGAAGUCUGUCUGACCGACCCUGUAUUUCCAGGUGGAGUGCUGGUGGCACAUUAUCUCAAUCUCCUCAUGGUUUUCAAUGUACGCUGGAUUUUCGAUGGAGAUGGACACUAUGCCAUUGCUCCUUGUCCUCUCUCCUAUGUUCCCCAGUUGUUCAGCCACUCCACAGACAAGAUGGACUUUUUCCAGCGACUCAGUAACGUUGUCUAUCAUGGCAUGCUAGUUUACAUGCACCACUUCGUCUCAAAUCCACCCUACCAGGCUGUGUGUGAUCGAUAUUUUGAACCAGGUGUUACCCCUCUUUCCCUCAUACAAGGCGCUGAUAUUUGGCUGUUUAGGACUGACUUUACAUUUGAGUUCCCUCGUCCCACGAUGCCUAAUAUCGUCUACAUCGGAGGGUUCCAGGGUAAGCCCUCAAAGCCUCUCCCAGCUGAUUUAGAGGAGUUUGUGCAGAGUUCUGGUGAACACGGGGUGGUCUUCAUGACUCUUGGGACCCUGUUAGGCGACAUAGGCCCAGAGUUAUCUGAAAUCAUUGCCUCAGCUUUUGCCAACCUCCCUCAGAAGGUUAUAUGGAGACACACUGGAAAAAGGCCUGCCACUUUAGGAAACAACACCCUGCUGAUGAAAUGGCUUCCUCAAAACGAUCUUCUUGGUCACCCUAAAACCAAGUUGUUCAUCACACACGGAGGCACCAAUGGACUUUACGAAGCCAUCUACCACGGUGUCCCAGUCCUGGGUAUUCCUCUGAUCUUCGACCAGUCUGAUAACCUUUUGCGCAUGCAGGCCCGGGGAGGAGCAGAGAUGGUUGAUGUGACAACCAUGGAUGUUGAGUCUCUGACAAAUGCUCUGAAGAACAUUCUGGACCCAGAAAAGCCUUACAAACAAAAUAUGGUCAAACUGUCGCAGCUCCAUCAUGACAAACCAAUAAAACCACUAGACAGUGCCAUUUACUGGACAGAGUACGUCAUGAGGCACAAGGGGGCAGCACAUCUACGCACUGAGUCCUACAAGCUGCCGUGGUACGUCUACCACAGUCUGGAUGUGAUGGCAUUCUUUGCAGUUUGUGGUUUGCUACUCAGCACAUUCAUCUGUAUUUCCUGUAGAUGUUUUAUUGGAUGUUUGUUUAAGUCAAAGAAGUCCACAUUAAAGUCUAAGAAAGAAUAGACCGUAAAGAUAAAUCAGAAAGCAAUGAACAACAAACACAUUAGAGAAACUGGUUAAUUAUUUGAAUGUGCUGGGAAUGAAAAAGAAGAAACUAUAAGAGCUUUUCUUUCUACCAGAUUAUAUUUUGAUUUGUGCAAAUCAGCUUUUCUGCAGGACCCAGUUGAUGAUCUUUGGACAUUAAACUAACAGUAUUCUUUCUGUCCAGUGCUGUAUUUUCUUCUUUUUCAUUGUGAAUUAUGUUUUUAUUUUGGUAUGAUGCAAUAGCAGGAGCUGAAUUUUAAAAAUAAAGGUGACAGGUUUUAACCCAUUUAGACCUAAAAGCACCAAAGAAAGCUCCCUAAAACCUACAUAUUAUUGAAAACAACCUCUUAAAACCUGAGGGUUUUCUACAGAAUUUUAACAUUUUCUAAAAUCAACAAACAGCACAAAAGGAAAAAUGAAAACAAUUAAAUUUCUUCAUAGUUGUUAGAAAUAUGAGAUAAACUAUUAAAAUCUAAAAGGUUGAGUUAAAAAGUUCAAGUUGUUAUCGUUAUAUUGACUUGGGAUUUCUGUAAAAAUAUAUUUACAUAAGUUUCUGACGUCAGAGCAAAGCACAGAGUGUAUAAGGUUUUGUUUUUAAACAUCAACAAUGAAACUACCAAUAAUCAAUGUGAGAUCUCUCGCCAUCACCAUCAGGUCUGAAUGGGUUUAUGUUUCUAAGGAUCAAUUAUUUGUUCAUUUUAUAAAUGAUUGCAAAUAAAAGAUAAAUUUCACACUAUUUUCUUGCAAGAUGUGUACUUGUGUUUAACUUUUUGCUCUAGUUGAUGUAGCAGCCUUAAUCUGAAAGAAGCAUACAGU